AUGAAGGUGAUGCAGCUCAUCUCACCAGGCGUGAGCAAAUUUUGGAACCUCUUAGAGAUCCGCAUUCUGGUUCUACUUAGCCUUGCCAUCCAAACCAUUCUCACCCUGACAGGCAGAAAGAGGAAGAAUUCAAAUAGUGACAUGCUCAGUAUCCUUCUAUGGGUCACCUACAUGGUAGCAGACUGGGCUGUGACAGUCUCACUUAGUGUGCUUUCCAACCAUGCACGGAGCUCUUGCGGCCAUUCCUUAGAUUCAAACAUUGCACUUACACUAGUUAGCCAAGUGGUAGUAGCUGCCUAUGUCUUACUUAAAGCCUGGACCAAUACUCCACUAAAUAUUCUAGCAAUUCCAGUGUUUUUAUCUGGGGUUGUUAAGUGUGGACAGAGGGUAUGGGUUCUGUGGUCUGCAAGCAGUGAGAAGUUUAGAGAGUCUAUGCUCUCUCCUCCAGACCCAGGUCCAAAUUAUGCCAGAUACAUGGAGGAAUACAGCUCAAAGAAAGAUGAGGGGUUCAAGGUUUCAUUGGAGAAAUUAAUUAGAUUUCCCAUAGAAGUUGAAAACUCAUAUACGGAGCCAGUAAACAAUCCUCUUGACAGUUUAGAAAUUUUACAGUAUGCCUAUGGUUUCUUUGCAACAUUUAAGCUGCUGUUUGCAGAUCUCAUCCUCAGUUUCCACGAUAUCGAGAAAAGCCAAUCCUUCUUCAUGAAGAUAUCAUCUCAAGAUGCUUUUGAAGUGAUUGAGGUUGAGCUUGGAUUCAUCUAUGAUGUGUUUUAUACAAAGGCAGUUCUGAAACAUGAGUACUCCAGAGAGAAUGUGGUUAUCACAUAUGUAUUGGUAGCUGGAGCUAUUAUCCUUGAGCUUUAUGCAGCAAUAUUACUGCUAUGCUCAGACUGGAUGAUGCUAUCGCUGAAGAAGCACAGCCUCUUAUAUCAAGCAAUUUCAUCACUUCCAUUUACUAGAAGCAAAAGGUGGUCUAACACCAUGGCACAACACAACCUGAUAAGCACUUGCCUUGAAUAUAAGCCAGCCAGUUGCAGAUUUCUCACCAAGGUCUUAUGCAUUGAUGCAUUAUUGGAAAAGCAUCGGUACAAAUACUCAAAAAAAGUUCCUUCAAAAUUGAAAAAAGUGAUCUUUGACCAGCUUUCAAAUAAAUCAAGGAGUGUUUCAGAUAUCAAGGAAUGCAAGAAAUUUUGUGAUGGCAGGGGUUAUGAGGUGCUUGAAGGUGCAAUAUCUUCCGUUGGAAUCAGUGAUGGAGAAAGAGAGACCAUCAAAGAAAGCGUUGACAAACUUAAGGUAGAAUUUGAUAAAAGCAUUCUUCUCUGGCAUAUUGCAACAGAUGAUCUAUGUUUGAGUUCUGAUAAGCAAAAAGAUCUGAAAUCAGUUAAAACCCCACAUUCAACUGCUAAAGAAUGGGAUAGUGCAAAGAAGUGGGAACUAAUUUGUCAUGUGUGGGUGGAAAUGCUAUCUUAUGCUGCGAGUCAUUGUCAAUGGAAUCAUCAUGCUCAGCAGCUCACCCAAGGAGGGGAGCUUCUCCCUCAUGUGUGGCUUCUUAUGGCACAUCUUGGUAUUACUGAGCAGUUUCAAAUUUCACUAGGGCAUGAAAGGGCAAAGUUGAAUGUGGAGUAA